UUUUAUAUCUCCAGCCAAUACAAAUUUCAAUAAAUUCCUGCUUAUAUAAAUAUCGGCAAUUAACUAAGAAUCAGCACAGUACCAAAAUGUACGUCCUAGGAGUUGCUUUAUUCACCUUUGCAUCCUUAGCGCACAUUUCACAAUGUGCCGAUUACUAUUCAAGUCUAGUAAUUGACUCAUUGCAUGAUUGUCCGGAAGAGAAUAUUGGCCAAUAUUUUAACAUGAGAGAUCUAAGAUUAAGUAUAAAUGGUGACCACUCAGUUAUAAACGGAAGAUUUACUUUCAAUGGGCAAAUGCCUGGACAACAUAACGUUAGGGCAGUACUAACUGUGGAAAAGUGUAAUCAUAAAGCUUCACUAGAGACUUGCGAAAAGGUAUCUGACUUUCAAUUCAACGACCCAUGUUCAACUUGGCACAGCAAAGGGAAACUUUGGUCUAGCGCAGUAGCAAGUGUAUCACCACGGUUAGAAUGUAGAAUGAAGAACAAUGUGUACACGGUGAACAAUUGGGUAAUCAACGGUGACGUCUUCAAACAAACAAUACCUCAAGCUGAAAAAUUUUAUUGGAGACUCAAAUUGAAGUUGUAUUUUAAUAAUCAACUGCGAUUGUGUGGAAAAGUGACUGGUGGAUUUCAGAAGUUUCCAGGCAGAAGGGGCUAAAAACAUUGAAUAAUAUUUUCAUAUCAGUAAAUAAAAUGGCGAAAUAAAUUUAUUAUACAUAUA